CAAAUAUGAUAGAGACUAAGUCUCAUGCUAAAGUAACCCCAACAUGUUAUUAGUUUUCUAACUGAAUUUUAGUCCAUGCAUCGAAUGAAACAAAACGAGGCCUAAAUUUGCAGGCAAAUGGAGGCCUGGCCGGCCACCAACCAAAGUAGCAGCUGUUGUUGAUGCAGACCGGCGGCCGGCUGCGGCUGCGACGGAAGAAAAGUCACUCACUCACGGUCACGGAUGGACGACCAUCUCCAGUUCCAGUUCCAACACCACCAACUCCCAUAUGGACGCCAAGCCGCGCAACCUGGGCGGCUCGCUGCCGGUGCCCAACGUGCAGGACCUGGCCGCGCGCCCCGGCGACGAACUCACGCCGCCCGUGCUAAGCCGCUACCUCCGCGACGACGUCGACGGCGCAGACGCCAACGGCGACGCGGCCUCCUCGGUGCCGGUAGUUGACCUCGCGAGGCUCCUGGACCCGUCGUCGCACGGAGACGAGGAGUCCGCCAAACUGAAGGCGGCCUGCGAGGAGUGGGGCUUCUUCCAGGUGAUCAACCACGGGGUGCCCGACGCGGUGGUCGCGGACGUGAAGGCAGACCUGCAGGCCUUCUUCCGCCUCCCGCUCGCCGACAAGCGCGCGGUGGCGCAGGAGCCCGGCGGGAUCGAGGGGUACGGGCAGGCCUUCGUGGUCUCCGAGGACCAGAAGCUGGACUGGGCCGACAUGCUUUUCCUGUCCACGCAGCCGCCCGAGUACCGGGCCCCGCGCUUCUGGCCGGCGCGCCCGGCCACGUUCGGGGACUCGCUGGCGCGCUACUCUGCCGAGGUGCAGCGCGUGGCCGCCCGCCUGCUGGCGUCCAUGGCCGCGAACCUGGGCGUGGCGGACGCCGCGAGGCUGGCCAGGGUCGCCGACGCGCAGGCCGUGCGCGUCAACUACUACCCGGCGUGCCCGCACGGCAGGGGCAGGGUGCUGGGCCUGUCGCCGCACUCGGACGCCGCCGGCCUCACGCUGCUGCUCCAGGUCAGCGCCGUCCCGGGGCUGCAGAUCAGGAGGCGCGGCGCGUGGAUCAGCGUCGACCCCAUCCCCGGAGCGCUGGUGGCCAACGUCGGCGACGUCGUCGAGGUGCUCACCAACGGCAGGUACAAGAGCAUCGAGCACCGGGCGCUGGUUAGCCCCACCCACCACCGGGUGUCCGUCGCAGCCUUCCACUCCGCCAGGUUCGGCGACACUUACGCGCCGCUUGAGGAGACGAUUGUCGAUGGUGAUGAGCCAGCGAGGUACAGGAGCAUUGGCGUCGAGGACUACGUCCGCCUGGUGCUGUCUAGUAAGCUCCAAGGAAAGAACAUAAUGGACGCCAUGAAGAUCAAUCCGGUCACUGAAUGAAUGAGUGAAUCAUCAUUAUAUAAGAACAAAAGUUCUGAUUUGUGUGUGUCGUUUUGAAUCGUCUUUACAUUUACAAUAAGAGCAGCGGGCGGAUUGCUCUUGGUCAAACUUGAAGUAAACCAUGAACAUGUUCCGAAU